GCUCUGAGUUGUGGCCAUCAAAUCCAGCUCAUUUCCAACCAAUCCCACUUCCAUUAUCCUUCCUCCUCUAUAUAAAUUCCCACUAAUUUCCUCCUCCUCCACUGAUCUCCUCCUCCGCCAUGGCCUCCGCCGCUCUCCUCCUCCUCCUCCUCCUCCCCUUUGCUCUGUUCUCCGAAACUCUUGCCCAAACUCCGGCCCCCCCUGCCCGAUCUCCGCCUGGGCCAAUCAACAUUACCGGCAUUCUUGCCCAGGGCGGCCAAUUCAACACCUUCAUCCGUUUGCUCAACGAAAGCAGAUUAAUCAUUCAGCUUGAUAAUCAGCUCAACAAUUCUCAAGGAGAAGGAUUGACCAUUCUUGCUCCCACUGAUAAUGGCUUCAACGCCCUUAAAUCCGGCGCCCUCAAUGGCCUCGACGACCAGCAGAAGAGCCAGCUCCUCCUCUACCAUGUCUUACCUAAGUUCUACACCUUGACGGAGCUGCAGACCGUCAGCAACCCGGUGAGGACUCAGGCCGGAGAUUGGGGGUUGAACUUCACCGGCCAAGCGAACUCGAACCAAGUUAAUGUUUCCACCGGCAUCGUCACGGUGCCGAUCAACAACAAGCUUAGAGAGCAAUCUCCAUUGUCCGUUUUUGUCGUAGAGCAAGUUUUGUCGCCCGAGGAACUUUUUGGCAACCACACCGCCGCACCUCCCCCAAAAGCUUCGGCUCCGGAGGCCGAUAAGUCGCCAGUCGACGGGGAAACCCCGCCAAAAUCCGACGCCGCAAACCCACCGACGAAUGACAAGGGUGCGGCUGUGAGAAACAGCGUUGGAUUAGGAUUGGUUUUGAGUUUUGGUUUGAUUGUUAUUAGUGUUCUUUCUUAAGAGUUGAGUUUGAGGAUAAGUGUUUGUUCUUUGUGUGUUUUUUCUUGUCAUAUAUGCUUUUAUUGUUUUUUUAUUGUAAUUUUUCUUACCCAUUCUCUAAAAUUGCAUUAUUAUUUAUUUUCAUAA